UAAAGCAGAGAAACCAAUCAUUUCAUUUUUUCAUUCUCUCUCUAACGUUUGUGCUCUCUCUCUCUAGUCUUUACCGUAUCACUCUCUAGCACAGCCAUGGCGGCCAUGUCCGUGGAUUUGGCGUCUGCGUUCAUGGGGCUUGCAACGAGGCAGGUCACUGUUAGAGCUCGAGCAACGUUAUGUCCAUCGAGACUGAAGCUCUCACGGAGCUCUGCUACUGCAGCUUCAAUGGCGGUAUCGUUUACUUCUGGUUGGAAAGGGAGGACCUGUUUCAUGAAUUCAAAGAGACGGAGCUCUAACACUGCCAUGGCUUCAGCUACCACACAAAGCCAGACCCCUGAGGCCCCCACCCAAAUACCACCUGAUACUCGAGUCCCUGCAACUAUAAUCACUGGGUUUCUUGGCUCUGGGAAGACCACUCUCCUCAACAAUAUCUUGACUGCGGAUCAUGGAAAACGAAUUGCGGUCAUAGAGAAUGAGUACGGUGAAGUUGACAUUGAUGGUUCAUUGGUAGCUGCCAAAACAACUGGAGCAGAGGACAUAGUCAUGCUUAACAAUGGUUGCCUCUGCUGCACUGUAAGAGGUGACCUGGUCCGGAUGAUCUCGGAACUGGUUGAUAAGAAGAAAGGGAAGUUUGAUCAUAUUGUAAUUGAGACAACAGGUCUGGCAAAUCCAGCGCCAAUAAUUCAGACGUUCUAUGCUGAGGAUAGUGUUUUUAAUGAUGUCAAGUUGGAUGGUGUAGUUACUUUGGUUGAUGCAAAGCAUGCUCCUUUCCAUUUAGAUGAGGUCAAGCCCAAAGGAGUCGUCAAUGAAGCAGUCGAGCAGAUUGCAUAUGCUGACCGCAUCAUAUUGAACAAGGUUGAUUUGGUUGGUGAGCAAGAAGUUUCAUCCUUGAUUGACCGAAUAAGGACCAUCAAUGGCAUGGCUCGUCUUAAGAGGACUGAGUAUGGUAAAGUUGAUUUGGAUUAUGUUCUUGGGAUUGGAGGCUUUGAUUUAGAAAGGAUUGAGAGUGUAGUCUAUGCUGAAGGUUCAAAAGAGGACAAGGAUGAUCAUGACCACCAUCAUGAGCAUGACCACCAUCAUGAGCAUGACCACAACCAUGAACAUCAUGGGCAUGGCCAUGCCCAUGAUCAUAUGCAUGACCCAGGUGUUUCCUCUGUCAGUAUAGUUUGUGACGGGAACCUUGAUCUUGAUAAGGCUAACAUGUGGUUGGGGACAUUAUUGAUGGAUCGUAGCGAUGACAUAUACCGUAUGAAAGGUCUCCUUUCUGUUAGUGGCAUGAAUGAGAGAUUCGUCUUUCAGGGUGUGCAUGAUAUAUUCCAGGGUUCCCCUGAGAGGUUAUGGGGACCAGACGAGAAGAGGAUCAAUAAAAUUGUAUUCAUAGGCAAAAAUCUGGAUGCCAAGGCUUUAGAGAAGGGAUUCAAGGAAUGCUUACUGUGAAUUAUAUUGAGGAAAAGUUUAGUGUGUCACAAUUUGUAACAUUUAAAGCACUCGAGGCAUGAUUGUUCUCUGCAUUAUUAGUGGAUUGGGCUGCGUCUGGAUAUAUUAAUAUGGAAAGAAGGAAAUAUAUACCCAAGGUAUAACAUCUUGGAUUUUGUGGCUAAAAAACAUUAUUUUUGUG